CAAACCGAUGCACGGAAGCCCUGAAGCUGUUCCAGGUGAUCGAAGAUGAGUUUCACCGUUUGCAAAUUCAGGCAUCCCCCCUCCCACCGGCCUUCGACCGUCGCAUGAGAUUGUAUUCAUCUUCUGCUGCAUCUUCUGCCACACAACCACAAGGCGCAGGUCCGGUUUUUCCUGUAAGAGCUGGGGCGUGUCAAAAAGCUGCUGCACCGGCGUUGAUGGCGCAUGGAGAGCGGACGACCAGCAGGACGAGUUACAACUUUCCGAUAGCAGCAGCCUCGUCUAG